AUGCCGAACGUCCUCUCCAAGCUUGCAUUGUCGCAAUGGAGUGCAAUGGCUCCCAUGCUAAAGCAAUGGGCCUCUUUAUACCUUAAGCACAGAGACACUAUACGACGAGUCUUGUUGCUCUUGUUUGUGGUGCGCUCCUUCCUAUCUAUUCGCAAAUCCAUCCGCUUGUUCAAGAAAGAGACCAACAAGCCUACCAAACCACGAUUGGAUACAACCACACCUGCAACGGAUGAGAAGAAGAAACGCAAAGUGGAGGUGGAUAUGGCCUUUUUCAAACAAAUCCAACGUCUUUUACGUAUUGUGAUGCCAGGUGUACGUUCCAAGGAAUUCUGGAUGCUGGUCGUUCAUUCCUUCUUUUUGGUAUUCCGAACCGUUUUAUCAGUCUAUGUUGCAUCUUUGGAUGGUCGCAUUGUUAGUGCGUUGGUACGGGGCAAAUUGAAGGAAUUUAUGCUCGGCAUCGGUUGGUGGAUGACCGUUGCUAUUCCGGCCACUUACACAAAUAGCAUGUUGUCUUACAUGCAAAGCAAACUGGCAUUGGCAUUCCGCACACGGCUGACACACCAUAUCCAUGAACAAUACUUGAGCGACAUGACGUUUUAUGCAGUGGGCAACUUGGAUGACCGUAUCAAGAACGCCGAUCAAUGCAUCACCGUUGAUACGAUGAAAUUCAGCAAUUCACUCGCCGAGCUGUACUCGAAUCUUGCCAAACCCAUCCUGGAUGUGUUCAUUUACAAUUACCAGCUUACACGCAGCGUUGGAUUUGAAGCUGUGGUGCUGGGUAGUGUGAUCAUCAACUUGUCUUCAGCCACCAUGCGUCGCUAUACACCCUCCUUUGGUAAAAUGGUUGCUGAGGAACAACGAUUGGAAGGUGAAUUCCGCUUUGGCCAUUCGCGUGUGAUUGAAAAUGCCGAAGAGAUCGCCUUGUUUGAUGGUGAACAUGUGGAAAAGGGCAUUCUUGAUCAACGUUAUUACGCUCUCAUCAAACACGUCAACCGCAUUUUCCGCCUAAGAGUCCCACACGGCAUGCUUGAAGAUUUUGUCAUCAAGUACUUUUGGGGUGCAUGUGGAUUGGUCUUGUGCUCUGUACCCGUUUUCUUCAAGGUGCCUGGCAUCUCGGCCAUUGGAGAUAUUGGCGGUCGUACCGAAGGCUUUGUCACCAAUCGCCGUUUGCUCAUGAGUUCAUCCGAUGCUGUUGGUCGUAUCAUGUACGCCUAUAAGGAAAUCACCGAACUGGCUGGCUACACGAGUCGUGUAACGGAUCUUUUGGAUGUGUUUGAAGAUGUCAAGGCGGGUCGAUACCAAAAGCGACUUGUCUCAUCCGUUUCAACGGAUGCCAAUGCAAAGAUGCUGGAAGGUCGUGGUGUCAUUGAACAAAGCGAGAAUAUCGAGUUCAUCAAUGUGCCUAUCAUCAGUCCCAAUGGAGAUGUUCUUAUUCCACAACUCACUUUCCACGUCAAGCCUGGCAUGCACUUGUUGAUCGUUGGCCCCAAUGGUUGUGGCAAAUCAUCCUUGUUCCGUAUCUUGGGCGGCCUGUGGCCCGUCUAUGGUGGUACCCUUCACAAACCCCAUUAUCGUGACAUUUUCUAUAUCCCUCAACGACCAUACCUUUCCUUGGGCACUCUCCGAGACCAAAUCCUAUAUCCCGAUACGCUUGAAGAUAUGAAGAAACGUAAUGUCACCGACGACGACCUUUCAAAGAUCCUCAAAGUUGUGCAAAUCGAACACAUUGUUGAGCGCGAAGGAGGUUGGGAUGCUGAAAAAGAAUGGGCCAUUGCUCUUUCAGGAGGUGAUAAGCAGCGUAUUGCUAUGGCUCGUCUCUUUUACCACUCUCCUCGCUAUGCUAUCCUUGACGAAUGCACCAGUGCUGUCAGUAUGGAUAUUGAAAAGAUCAUGUAUACUCAUGCUACAGAUCUCGGCAUUUCCUUGUUGACAGUGUCUCAUCGGCCUUCCCUUUGGCAAUAUCACAACUUCAUCCUUCAAUACGAUGGACAAGGCGGUUACGUAUUUACCAAGCUGGACGCACAAAAACGUCUUGCUUUACAGGAGGAAAAGAAUGCUAUCGAACAAAAGCUGAUAGAAGUGCCAAAAAUGCAAUUACGUCUGCAAGAGCUCAAGGAGAUGCAACAGCAUGCAGCAGCAGCGAAAGCAUAA